UUUCUCUCCUCCGUUAUGUCUGUCUGCUUCAGUUAGGGCAGGGGUAAUGACAGUGUCGUCGUCUUCGCGGAGCUCAGUUAAAAAAAAUGUUAACGGCUGAUAUACCGCCGAAUCAGUCAAUCUACAUUAAAAACAUCAAUGAGAAGGUCAAGAAAGAAGAGCUGAAGAGAUCUCUUUACUGUUUAUUCUCUCACUUUGGAAGGAUACUUGAUGUGGUUGCGCUAAAGACUCCUAAGCUCAGGGGACAAGCAUGGGUUGUCUUCACUGAAGUCACAGCUGCUAGUAAUGCUGUCCGUCAGAUGCAAAACUUUCCCUUCUAUGAUAAGCCAAUGCGAAUACAAUAUGCAAAAUCAAAGUCAGAUUGUGUUACUAAAGCCGAAGGGACUUUUGUUCCGAAAGAAAAGAAGAUAAAGCAAGAAGAGGAAGUUGAAAGGAAGCGACAUGCUGAAGAAACUCAACAACCAAGCAUGCCUAAUGGUGCAACCGCUCAGAAUAGAAGGCCUGUGCCUCUUUUCCAGCCGAGCGGGCAAGACACGAUGUCACCAAACAACAUACUCUUCAUUCAAAAUCUUCCCAUUGAGACCACUAGCAUGAUGCUUCAGAUGUUGUUUGAGCAAUACCCAGGAUUCAAGGAGAUAAGAAUGAUCGAAGCAAAACCCGGAAUUGCGUUUGUGGAGUUUGAAGACGAUGUUCAAUCUUCCAUGGCCAUGCAGGCUCUUCAGGGUUUCAAGAUCACUCCACAGAAUCCAAUGGUCGUCUCUUUCGCCAAGAAGUGAAAACUAACGUGGGUCGUCGCUAGUUGGGCCGGCGCUUGCCCUGUUUAGAGGAGUAAGUUCUCGUCUUCCUUCAUGCUUCUUCCCCUUAUCUUAUUUGGGCCUGCGUGUCUGUUGGACUGUUGAUAGUCCUGUAAUUGGGCCUGUGUGCCUUUCUUUAGGCCCUUGUGGUCUUGUAUGUUUUUGUAAGGUGUUUGCCUUACUGGAAACUAGAGGAGAACCCGUGCUUGCGCACGGUUGAAUAAUUUUUUUUGUAAAAAAAUAAAAACUUGUAGUGUAUAAAAUAUGUAUUGUAUAAAUAUUUGGUGUUUUUUUGUAUAUUUUUAUUAUAUGAUUAAUAGAUAAGGGUGUAGUAAUUUUACUAUGUUUA